AUGAGUGGUACUUGCCUAAAUUUGGCUAUGUUGAAUAAGAUGUCGCAGUUCGUGACAACGUCUAUCAUUUACCAGAUUGAUUCGCUACUACACCCAGUGCAGCAGGUGCAGGGUAUGUACGCACUUCCACAUGUCAGUCUUUUGAAUGCGGCUGAACAGGCUAAUGGAUCCGGGCGUCCUAUGAACAUUCCUAUGCCAGUGAUCCCAACCGUCCAUCCAGUCCAUCACCAGCAGCAAGUAUCAGGACAGGAGUCCGACUACCCGUCAUG